UGCCCACCUUCAUUUUCCUCCCAUUGCUUUGUCUUCAGGGACCUGUCCUAUAUUUUUAAAUCUCCUUCCCUCUAGUUCUGAAUCUCUGCCUAUUUGAUAUAUUUAUCUGUUUGGGUGUUUUGUCACCACUAUCAUUAUUAAUACUAUUAUUUGCAUAGUGCCAUUAGUAUGCAAAAUAAUGCACACUUAGAAGACAGGUGCUUGUCUCAAGUUAAAAGCUCAAAUUCAGCACAGGAGAAAUAGGAGGAGGAGGAAGAAGUAAAAGAAGGAAUAAGCAGGGGAAGAUUAUUUCAUUGUUUCAGUUAUAUAGCUUUAGGCUUCGUUACAGUCAGAGUAAAUAUGUUGAGGCAUGAGAACUAGAACAGAGUGUCAAUGGCCUACAGUAAAUGUGAGCCUUGAGGAAAGAUUUGAAGGUGGCACCUCCCAGCUGGUAUGAGAGACACGUCCAAGUGGCAGGGACAGCAAGAAUGCACGGGAGGGUGGAACUUGCACUGGUUUACUUCUAAACCCUGCCUGUCUACUAAUCCCAGACUUGGAAUUAGAACACCUUUUCUAACAAUAAGAAUACUUAAGUGCUUAGAAUCAUUUCACAUUCCUGUUGCAUUAUACUAGUUGGAUUGAACCCUGACGCUGCAAGGGAGUAAAAAAAGGGCACAGCUAUUCUCUUUACAGAACAAAACCCAACAUACUCUGGAUCUCUUUAAUGGUGAAGGUAUAACUAAUACUACAUAUGAACACUUGCUUUUCAAAGAGGCCUCAAAGAAUUAGAUAAGCAGUCUGUCUGACUCAGUAUUUUUUACUCAAAUGAAGCAACCAUCAAGCAUUUAGCAGAUUGGAAAUUAGUGUCCAAUCUAAUCUUUAGUCUACUAUCCAGAACUGAUUUAAACAAUUUCCAGAUGGCUAUUCGUUUUAGCUUAUUGAAGCAAAGACAAUAAAGAUUCUUGUGACACCUUAAAGACAGACUGAUUUAUUCUAGAUUGAGCUUUUAUCAACUCCAUACUCGAUUCAUCAGAUGCUUGAAGUGUUACCAAGAGUUUUAUACAUGCAUACACAUACACACACAAUAUACAUAUGAUGGAGGAAUGGGAUGGAAUUCUAAACAUUGAGGUGGGAAGGAAAUUAAAUGCAUUAGUAAUCCUUUAUCCUGAUUCAAGUAUCUGGUGAUAGAAUUGAAUUUAGUGAUUAAUUAAUCAUCAACAGCCUUGGGUGCAUGCAGGUAGCUACAUGGAGAAAGGGAAAUUACUACUUUAAGUUCUGUUUUUUUCCCAGCAGCAUGAGCUAACUGGAUUCCAUUGUCUGUGAUUAUUGCUGAUGCUGAGCGAGGUUUCCCUAACUGCCAUGUUAAUGCUGCUUGCAUUUGGGGUGUUACUUCAAGAAAACUUGGCCGGGACUCAAGAUGAAAAUCUUACUGAUAGCAGCAGCAGUAUCCCACAAGGACAAUUAUAUAGCUAUGGAAACAUCAACUUGCCAGAAGAGCAUAUCCCAUAUUUUUUGUAUAAUAAUGAGCACAUUGCCAUGGCCUGCAAGCAAGACCCUCGUUGCCCAUAUAAAAAAUACCUGAAGAAACUAAAAGCCUGCUGGGGUUAUGAAAAAUCUUGCAGGCCAGAGAACAGGUUUGGAUAUCCAGCAUGUGAUUAUGCUGAGGUAGGGUGGGCAAGUACCAUCGAGGAGGCUCAGCACACGUUCUGGAACCAAGCUGACUUUGGUUAUGUCAGAGAGAGGAUGAAUGAAGUGAAGAGUCACUGCAGACCUAAAGCUGUGGGAGAUUCUUCACUGGAAUGUUCUCGUUAUCUUCAGUAUUGCAGAGCAACAAACCUGUACAUUGAUUUAAGGAACCCAAAGAGAAACCAUGAUAGGUUUAAUGAGGACUUCUUCAAGAAGGGACAGAUUGGAGGUCAUUGCCAUAUGGACAUUCAAGCUUUCCUUGCUGAAGGGCAGCGGAAGAGUCCUCUCCAGUCUUGGUUUGCUGAGCUCCAGACAUACACAGAACUGAAUUCUAGACCUCUGGAAGAUGGCAACUGUGACAUUGUUAUUGACAAGUUAACUUAUUUCAUGAAGCUUGAUGCAGGUGUUAACAUGUACCACCAUUUUUGUGAUUUUGUCAAUCUUUACAUCACUCAGCAUGUUACCAAUUCUUUCAGUACAGAUGUCAACAUCGUCAUGUGGGAUACUAGUGCCUAUGGAUAUGGAGAUUUAUUCAAUGAAACCUGGAAAGCAUUUACAGAUCACGAAAUAAUACAUUUGAAAUCAUACGAUUCAAAGAGAGUAUGCUUCAAAGAAGCUAUUUUUGCAUUAUUGCCUCGAAUGAGGUACGGCUUAUUUUAUAAUACACCAUUGAUCUCCAGCUGCCACGGCACGGGGUUAUUUCGGGCCUUUUCCCAGCACGUGUUGCACAGAUUAGAUGUCACACAAGAAGGACCGAAGGAUGGGAAAAUCCGAGUUACAAUACUCGCUCGAAGUACAGAAUACAGGAGGAUAUUAAAUCAAAAUGAGCUUGCAAAUGCUUUGAAGACGCUGUCAUUGUUUGAGGUUCGAAUAGUGAAUUACAAGUACAAAGAGCUUGAAUUUAAGGAGCAGUUGCAGAUUACGCACAACACGGAUAUAUUUAUUGGAAUGCACGGAGCAGGACUUACCCAUCUUCUCUUUCUGCCAGACUGGGCUGUCAUCUUUGAACUGUACAACUGCGAAGAUGAACGCUGCUAUUUGGACCUAGCAAGUCUGCGGGGCGUCCAUUACAUCACCUGGCAAAAGGAGGAUAAAGUUUUCCCCCAGGACGAGGGGCAUCAUCCAACACUAGGAAAGCACCCGAAGUUUACCAAUUACUCCUUCGAUGUGGAAGAAUUCGUCCGCCUGGUACUUUUGGCAGCUGAUCAUACGGGGGCUUUUCAUGCCUUUCCUUUUGUGUUGCAAGAUACUGUACAGCACUAUGAGAGGCUAGGGCAUGAGAAACCAGUACGACGAUGGAAGUUUUUGAUAGGAAAUGUGGGAUUGUGAGAAGUGGGAUGGGGUGUGUGUGUGUGUGUGUGUGUGUGUAAAGCUACAGUAAGACAAGCACAAUUUUAAAAAGCAGCUCCAGGGCAAGCAGCAGCCUGGGAGCUAGACAGCCCAGAUUUUUCAACAGGAAACUUGUCCAAGGCCCCAGUGCAAAUAGGGAGACCGGGCUGCUUUUCAGAAUAACAGUUAAUGUGUAGUUUGGUGCUGACAUACUUCUCACCCCUGCAUAUUUUAAUGCUAGACUAAAGUACUAUCUUGUUUUUGUUUAUAUUGAUAUGUCCGUUCAAUUCAAGUUUAUUACAGCCACAUUUGAUUACCCAACAUAGCUAACUGUAUCUGCAUUACAUUUCUGGAUGUGGGGAAGGGGUCCAGGGCAGGUUAUGCAACAAAAGCCAUAUUGCUUCCUCCCCCACCAGGAAACUCUGCAUUUCUGCCCUAUUGCACUGUGCGUAAUAUGAAUACCAUGCCAGAAAGGAAGUGGUGUGUUUUGUUCCUCUUGCACGGAGCCCUUGCAUUUUAAACUAUCCUGCCAUAAGAUCUGAAAACUAGUGUAGUAGUUAAGAGCUUGGGCACUCUGGGUUCUAGUCCCUGCUCCUCUAACUGGGUGACUUUGCGCCAGUCACAGACUCUUAGCCCAGCCUACCUCACAGGGUUGUUGUUGUUGUGAUAAGAUUGAGAGCAGGAGGAGAAAAAUUAUAUAUGCUACUUUGAGUUCUUUAAAAAAAGGAAAAAAGGCAGGAUAUAAAUCUAAUAAAUUAAAGGGAAGCCACUGCCAUCAGGGUGGCUCAGAAGUGUGUUUCUGUGCAAGUACCUAUUUUUUUAAUGGACGUACAUUCUUUUGAAGUGCAUCCUUAUGCAUAAACAUUUUAUUUAAAAUCAAAAAUUCUGUUAGCAUUUCACAAAUGUCCUAUUUAUAUCUUUUGUACUGUAGUGGUUCCUGAAAAAAAAUCUAACACACUGCACCCCUAAGUACAUUUAUUGGAAAGCAGGUCCCUUUAACCUCGGUGGGCAUGUCUGGCUGAAUGUGUACGUCUAAGGCUGUGCUGUGGAGAAUGUCCGUGAAUUAAAGCACUGCUCUUGCUUAGCUCUACGAAGGACAGAGAGGCCAGAUCUAUUUCUACUCCAUGUUUCUCUCUUCGCUGCAUGUCAAAGACCUCUUUGCCACUGAAAAAAGAAAAUUCUAGCCCGCUUAGUUAAGGACAAGGGGUUGGAUCCAGUGUUAAUCCCGUUUAGACUAAAGUCGAGUAUUUAGGUUUAAGUUAGUAAUAAUGAGCAAUAGUUUUAGUGGGUCUGUUCCCAGCAUGGGUGUGUCAGGAUCCAGGCCGUGAAGAAAGGCCGGUCAGUGUUACAGGUUGCCUGAGCGAGCCCAACAAGAUUCAACAGAGCUGAUUUGCUUUUACUCCUUUUACAACUUUGUUGUUUCUUUGGCUGGUUCCACAUUUCUAAAAGUAAUAACAAAACAUUGCAUAGAUUUUUUUCUCUGUCCAUCGCAAUUUCCUUCUCAGUUCGCUUUGCCAGUCGACAUUUGUUGUGCAGAAUGUGUGCCUAUUUAUUUUCCUCAUUUGGGCAGGACGUUGCCUGAUAGAGACUCCUUGACUUAGUUAGUUCACCACUUGGAUGUGCUUUUAGAUGUGUGUGUGCCUUUCCUAGCAUUGUGUACCGCAAGGAUCUUCAGGUUUUUGAGUCUAAGUGGUGCUAAGGGUGGAAGAGAGAUAGCAAGGCUAAAAGCUGCAAGGUGGGGAUCAGCAAUGCGAAGAGGCACUGGGGAGAGAAAAGGCAAGGCUAGAGACUCUCAAGGGAAUGAAAGAAUUUAUUUUAUAUCUGUUUUUUUAAAGGGGACGGGUGGUAAACAUCAUGGAUGCUGCUCAGUGUUUCCACAGCCUCGUGGGCCCCGUGGCUACUCCACUGGGGGCCCCAAUGCGUUCUUUUUAGGUUCUGUCAUAGUUGUUCUGCAUCAUCUCCUUGACCAUCCUUUCAAGUUGCAAUUUUGGCAGGGUUCCAUUCCUAGAGAUCCAUAGAAUUCUCGAAUGGUUUUUCACUCGUAUGUUUUACAGGCAGAUUUUCGUAAAAUGUAAUAGCAUUGUAGUGUCUGGUCCUAAGGGGUCAAAUGGGCCUCAGAACCCAGUUGUAUGUAAGAAGUGUCCCAUUACACAGCUGUCAGUUACUUGUGUUUGUUUACUUGGAGACCAAGUAGCUACUGCCCAUGAUGCUAAAGUGGCCUGUUGGCCAGUAUGGAGCAUGGCGGCACCUAAAAUUAUGCAAACUAAGGGAGCAGUUGUAUAGAUUUUGGAGCCUUCUGUCUAUUCAAACCUGCUGGCAGGAACUGGGCAGAAUCGGAGGUGGACAGGUGCAUGAGUCCCUCCUGCUUGCUUCCUUGCUUUGUUUGUUAAGCUGGGCAGGCCUCUCUUGCUCCCUGUGCAGUCAUGGGCCCAAAAAAGAUUUGUGCUGUAUCCCAUGUUAGUCCAACUUACAGUGAACCCACUGAAAGAAAUGGGAGUGUGGAAACAAGUCCCACCAGGAGAAAGAUGCUGACACAGAUUGUGUUGAUGGAACAGCUCAUAAUUAACUGCUUUCAAAUAUUGCAGCCUAAAAACGAUGACGAAAACUCCCCUGCUCUUGUUGGUAUGCAAAAGCAGGAAAGUUUUAUAUUCAAUGUAAAGACUUUAGUGGUAGGUAACCAUGGAUAUUGUUGACUUCUAUUUUUUAACAAUCAUAAGCAAUUUCCUAAGAGUGUCUGCCUAUUUGCUGUCCUGCCUAUACGGGGGAAAUGAAUUAUUGUAAGAGUAGCUUACGUAUAGAUCUCUUGUGACCCUGAAGUAUUGCAAAAGAAAAUGGGAGAUCUCUGAAAUGGAGUGAAUUAUGAUACUUGCUUCCCCGUCUUGGACCAGGGCAAUUGACUGAGAAAGCUGUGUUUAUAGAACUUGAAAGGAACCAUAAAAGCAAAAUUGCACUCUUCAUAUGAAAAACAAAACUUUUCAAAAUGCACUGAUAUAUUUUAAAAAAUUGCAUUGGUUUGUAAACUUCAUUUUUAACAAAAACAAAAGUUUAUACUUGUAAAUGUCAGAACUGUUUUAUAAAAGCACAUUCAGAAAAAGGGAAACAGGAUUAAUACUGUAAAAUGCAGAAAUGUGUCCGACAAUAAACAUUUUGUACAAAGCGUCAAAUCACUUUAAAUAUUUAGGAUAUCUAUUUUGCAAGGUUUCCCAGAAAUCUGUUUACUGCCUUGAACAAAAAAGUAGCCAUUUAAUCUGUGCUAAACUUGGAAAUUUGCAUGCUGGUUUUGAUUGGUAGAUCUCAUUCACCAAAUAGGAGGCAGCUACAUUUCGUGAUGUCCUGCACAGAUAAUGUCCAAUAUAUGCUGGACAAGAGGCUCAAGAAAGGAAGACGCAGAGGCACCCUUGCCUCUCCCAGUGCAGUCGAUGUGAAUGGCAGGUUGUGGGAGUGCCUUCAGAGCAGACUGAACCUUCUUUCAGCCCACUGGCCAAAUUCUAUUUUGGAGAAGCUCUCAGGGUCAACUUCCAGAAGAGGAAGGACUGAAGGCAGGUCCAAAGGCAAGAUGGAGGAGGCUGAAAAUACCAGCAUAUUGUAGCUUUAAGCUUUUUUCUGCCAGGAACUAAGCUUUAGGUGAGCAUUUCAACCUCUUAGAAUUGGAAGAAUACUGCACAAAAACCAGGACACCAGCAAGGGAUGGGUGGUUCCUGGGAGGGGGGAAGAACUUCACGGCAUCUGACUGUGCAGUGUUCUGAAAGCAUGAAGAGCGAAGGAAUAGCUUGGGACUUGCCCUGUUUCAGGGAAUGUGGGGAUAUCUUGCUGUUGGCUGUCUUUAUCAGAGUUCCUCAGAACUGCUUCCUACAUUGCCCAGUUUCUGCACACAAUUCUACCUACCUUUGCAAACUUCCUGCAUGGAAGGCACAGGAGCACAGGAUGUGUCACAACCACCUAGACCGUAAUUUGUGUAAAGUAAUUAUAUGCAGAUCUUCUGCAAAGCUCAUCAAACAUUUUCAACAUGUGUACAUGCCUUGAUCUAUAUAUGUGUAGUAUCAUUUUACAUAUGAUCUACACAGAAGCAUUUGGUUGUUAUGUGAAAGUGCCUUUCUUGCAGACAUGUUGCAGUGUGUGAAUUCUCCCUGGAAUAUCCCAGUUUUGCUUGAUCAGGAUUCAGGUGCAGGACAGCUGAUACUAAUUCCCAAAGCAAGGAUAUGUGUCGCCAGAUCCAGCACAGAGGUCACGUAACGCGAGUUUCUUUCCCCAACUUCUCCUUGUAGCCCAUACUCCACCUGCUCCCCAGGUCUGCUCCAGAGGCUUGAGGGCUCCCCCGGAUCAUAUCUGGGGUACAUGCAGGGGGCUGCUGGGGGAGAAGAAAGUUAACCCACUAGUAUCAAUUUUGCUGCCAGGUACAAACCCUUGUUUGUUUUCAUGAGUGUAUCUGUCCAGCCUACACGACUACUUAGUCAUUUGAAAAGCUUUUGUUACAUAAUGCCAGCUUCUGAACAGUUUUCACUAUUGAAUGUAACUUCUGACUCUGAUUUUGAAAUAAAGACUAACUUAACAUUUA